UGGGCUGGAUUGACACACAAUGAGGAGCAGAGGCAGGGGAGACGCUCCACAAACGCCGCUGUAAAUAAAUACAAGAUUCACUGAGGCCAGAUAAACAUGGAGAACCAGUGCACGGUGCAGGUGAAGCUGGAGUUGGGCCACCGAGCACAGCUGAGGAAGAAAGUCACAUCAGAGGGCUUCACCCACGACUGGAUGGUGUUUGUCCGAGGGCCAGAGACGGGUGACAUCCAGCACUUUGUAGAGAAGGUUGUCUUCCGCCUCCAUGAGAGCUUCCCCAAACCCAAGAGAGUAUGCAAGGAGCCUCCAUACAAAGUAGAGGAAUCUGGCUACGCAGGCUUCCUCAUGCCUAUUGAAGUGUACUUCAAGAACAAGGAGGAGCCAAAAAGGGUUUGUUUUAACUAUGACCUGUUCCUUAACUUGGAGGGCAACCCACCUGUUAACCACCUGCGCUGUGAGAAGCUCACCUUCAACAACCCCACCAAAGAAUUCAGGAGAAAGCUGAUUAAAGCUGGAGGGAUACUGGUGGUCCCCGAGGGCGCUGAGGCUGUUUCGAGGCCCAGUCCGGAUUACCCCAUGCUCCCCACCAUCCCCCUCUCUGCCUUCUCAGACCCCAAGAAGACCAAGACCUCCCACGUAUCAAAGGAACCCAGUAAAGAAGGAAGUGGUGGCAGCAGCAAAGGACCCAAGCCACACAAGCUGACCAAGGAGCACCGUGAACGGCCACGAAAAGACUCGGAGAGCAAAGCCACGUCGAAAGGAGACGACAGAGAUGGAAGCAGCAAGAGUGGCCGUGAUCCAUCCUCUUCCUCAUCGUCGUCUUCAAAAAAGCCUUCGGAGAUCAAAGUGAAGGAUGAAGUUAAAGUCCUGCCCAAGGCGGCCUUCAAAGAGCCAAAGCUCACCCUGAAGGAGUCAAAGAUGGAGGGCAUGUCUCCCAAGGGAGGGGGGGCGGGGAGUGGAGGGGGAGGUGGGGGUGGUGGGGGUGGGCCGGCGGAGUCCAAAGCUCCAGGGAAACGACCCUUUACGGUGGAUUCCCCCAAACUCAGCACUAAGAAGCUGAAGAAAGGCAGCUCCGAGGGGCUCAAGGCGCCGACAGGCGGGCCCUUCACAGGAACCUCUCCCCGGGUGUCCUCCUCCUCUGCAGCCAGCCAGUCCUACGCUGAGAAGAAACCCCCCAAGGAGAAAGGCCGCUGGGCCAAAAGCAAAAACGAAACACAGGAGCUAAAGGAGCACAAGAAACUUCCAGACUCAGAGGAGUCAAAUUCUGAGGACGAAGCAUCGUCAAAGUCGGAGCAGUCUGCUCCUUCCAGUGCCUCCAACUCCAGCUCCAGUUCUGACUCCAGUUCAGACUCAGACUUUGAGCCUGUACAGAAACAAGGACAAGGGCCCCUGCGAUCCAUGGUGGAGGAGAUUCAGUCGGAGGAGUCAGACGAUGAUGACAGCAGCUCAGAGGAAGAAACGCCAAUCAAAACUAACCCGCCCAAUCGCGACUCGCGACUCAGCCUGGACAGCGAGAGUGAGAGCAGCGAUGGCUCGCACCGCCCUGGUCGAGACCCUGCCCCGCCCCCACAGAAACACAGCUCCUCUAAUAACAAAGUGGUCAGAAAGAGUCCAGACUCCUCGUUUCGCUCAGAGAAGGUGAUGAAGAAGGGAUACGACAAGGCCUACACAGAGGAGCUGGUGGACCUCCACCGCCGGCUAAUGGCGCUGAGGGAGCGAAACGUCCUGCAGCAGAUUGUCAACCUGAUCGAAGAGACUGGACACUUCAAUGUGACAAACACCACCUUUGACUUUGACCUCUUUUCACUGGACGAGUCCACUGUUCGCAAACUACAGAGCUACCUGGAGGCCACAGCCACGUGACAGGAGGCGGAGGCCGGCAUGUGGACGUCCGCGGCGGGGGUGGCCUCGCCAUUCCGGCUGCUCUCCCAGGAGACCAGCAGCCACACGCGCCGCAGCCUUUUCACAUGCCCGACUGCAGCGUUGAUCAACUACCACAUGAACAAACGCAAGCACACAACACCACCCUCACAUGACACUGGGGAGAAACCUGGAGGCGUGGGAGGGAACACUGAAGCAGCCCCACUCCGUCGACAGUCAGGAUUUUCACUACACAUCUCUUCUCUUGAGCCUGUGCAGAGCUGUGGAAUUCACCCCCCGCCCCCCUCAUUCGUCCUCCUGCACUCAUAUUGCUCCCGCCUUUGCAAACCUAAUACUUUCCCUCCUCCCCCUUUUCCUCCCCCUCCAAAUCCACACUCCUUACUUGGCAGAACACUCCAGUUCCCUCCCCCUGUUGUCAGCUGGAGCUCAUUUCUCUCCCAGCAUUCUCCAGUGCUGUGUGUGAGUGUGUCGGUGUGUGUGUCGGUGCGUGUGUGUGUGAAUUGUACGUGCACACGUGCGUGUGCGAGCACUGCUGAGGUUAAAGAGUAGAUGUUGUCUUUGUGGUUACUGACUUCUCUUUGUGAAACUCGAGCAUAAACAGCCGGUUCCGUUCCCUCCUCAAACACUUAGACAUGCCAACAGAUUCACAUUUAGGUCGCACUUUACUCUGUAGCCCCCUUUUUAGCAUUAAAAGUUGGUAAACAAACACUGACUGAAUGGCUUAGAACACACUUAAAUACUGUAAGCAGAAGUCUAAUUUGUGUCAUUUGAGUUUAGACCAGAUGCUAAAAGCUCCUUUAAGGUUGGGAAAUCCUAAAAGAGGAGGAUUUUUGCCAGCAGAAAAUGGCUUUUGUCUCUUUUAAAACGGCUCAUCACGUGUGACAGUGUUAAGAUUCUGCUGGUCUGUCUGGAGAAAAGACCGCAGGACUCACUUAAAUCUGCUCCCUUUUGUAGAAGUUUAAGACUUUACACGAAUCUGCCGCCGGUCAAUAAAAGACCAAACGUGCUUUGAUGGUGAUUAACUCACUGCUACAAUCGGACCCUUAAAGCAACGCCCUGCAGGGGCUCCCCAUUAGCCGAGAGAUUCUACAUGAUGCAAACAUUUGUUAGUCAUUCAGUAUGAGAAAACUAUCUUUUUUCAAGACAUUUUUGUAAAAAAUAUGCACUUUCACAAAAGAUGCACGACAAAUAGAAAAAAGAGGGUUGAUGUGACAUUGUUUAAAAAGACAAUGCAACUAAAUGUAUUUGACCAGAAAAAACUAGCAAGUACAUUUUAGUGUGUUAUAAGCCACUUUUUGAAUAUUGUUGUGUUUUCAAUGCUGAAAGGGGGGGGGUGUGAAGUGUAGUAUUUCCCUAGUUUUGCAUCGCCGAUCUCUCCGCUUCACACUGGUCAUGUAGACACUGACAUGUGAGGCUGAGGUUUUUCUGUUGUCUGAACAUCUGAAAAAAAAAAAAAACUGUUCUGUUGAGUUUCCCCUCUGCUUCCUCACACUGAAAGCUGAGCCUUGACCUCCUACCAACCAGCCUCCCCCCCCUGACUCUUUCUCCCUCCCUCCCAGAAAAGGCCCCUUACCCCCCCCUUUACUCCCCAUAAUGGCGUGCAUGAAAGGGCUCGACUGCUCGCGGCCAGAGCGGUGGCGGCUCACUCCUGAAUUGCCUUCUAGGUGGUGGGUUGGUCGGGUUGGGCUGGGG